UGACAGAUAAACUGAUAGGUAAAUAAAUAAAAACGUCAAUAAUGUAAAUACGCAUUUAAAAAUUAAAGGAGAUAUACUAUAGACCUAUUUGCUGUUCUGAAACAAAGGAAGGUUAUUGUAAAGAUGUUAAUGAUAAAUCGUAUUCUUAUUUAGGAUAUUAUGAUUUCAUUCCGAGAUUCCUUUAUAUUUUCAGUCGCUUGUUUUACACUAGUUCAUUAUGAAGUUGGAGCAACGCUCCAAAAAAAUUUGGAGUAUUUUGAAAAAAUUCAUGCAGAUGAUUUGAAACACAAUGUAAUAAAGAAAGGAUUGAAGGAAACCAAUCACCCGUUCAAUAAAAUUCGUGAAGUUCAUGUUAAUACUCUAGGUAAAAAAUUCCGAUUGAUUUUAAGCCCAAAACAAGAAGUACUGCACUCCAAAUUCAAAGCUUAUGAAGUAGAUGGAGAUGGAAAAGAAAAAACCGUUCACAUUGAUACUGAAUCAUUUUAUGAAGGAAGAGUAUUUGGGGAAACAUCAUCACAUGUUAAAAUGCAUAUUGAUGAUGGUAUUUUAACUGGAACCAUACAUUUACCUGGUGAAGAGGAAGUCUACCACAUUGAGCCUUUGUGGCGUCAUCUACCAGACUCUGAUAACAGAUCAAUGAUUGCUUAUAAACAAUCUGAUGUGAAGUACAGUUGGAAUCACCCUACUAUUGAAUUUCCCAAAGGACCAAAAAUGUGUGGUUACGUAAAGGAAGGUCCCCCAAUGGAUAAGGAGGAUGAUGUAGAUGAAUAUAAGAACCGUGAAAAGCGCCAAGUUGAUGGUUAUGAAUACACUCCCAGAAAAACAAGAUGCCCACUUCUAUUAGUUGCUGAUUAUAGAUUUUUCCAGGAAAUGGGUGGCAGUAACACAAAAACAACAAUAAAUUAUUUGAUCAGCCUUAUAGAUCGUGUUCAUAAAAUCUAUAACGACACAAUAUGGCAAGAUAGGCAGGAAGUUGAUGGAUUCAAAGGUAUGGGAUUUGUGAUUAAAAAAAUUGUGGUUCACAGUGAACCAACAAGAACCAAGGCAGGAGAGGCUCACUACAAUAUUGUUAGAGAUAAAUGGGACGUCAGAAAUCUACUUGAGGUUUUUAGUAGAGAAUUCACUCAUAAGGAUUUUUGUCUGGCACAUCUCUUCACAGAUCUGAAAUUCGAGGGAGGAAUUCUUGGGUUAGCCUAUGUUGGCUCACCUCGAAGGAAUUCUGUGGGUGGUAUUUGCACCCCAGAAUAUUUCAAGAAUGGCUAUACUCUGUAUUUGAAUUCUGGCCUGAGCUCUAGCAGAAAUCACUACGGUCAAAGAGUCAUUACAAGAGAAGCAGAUCUAGUAACAGCACAUGAAUUUGGCCACAAUUGGGGCUCUGAACAUGAUCCUGAUAUUCCAGAAUGUUCUCCAAGUGCUAGUCAAGGUGGUUCUUAUUUAAUGUACACAUAUUCAGUCAGUGGUUAUGAUGUAAACAAUAAGAAAUUUUCUCCAUGCAGUUUACGAUCUAUAAGAAAAGUUCUCCAGGCUAAAUCUGGCAAGUGUUUCUCAGAACCUGAAGAGAGCUUUUGUGGUAACCUUAGAGUGGAAGGCGAUGAAGAAUGUGAUGCUGGAUUAUUGGGAACAGAAGACAACGACCAGUGCUGCGAUAAGGACUGUAAAUUAAGACCAAGGGCUGUGUGUAGUGACAAGAAUUCACCUUGUUGCCAGCAUUGUCAGUAUAUGAGAGCAGGAGCAAAAUGUAGGGAAGCGCAAUAUGCCACAUGUGAACAAGAAUCUCUUUGUACUGGGCACCAGGCAGAAUGCCCAAAAAGUCCGCCUAUGGCAGACAAUACAGAUUGUCAAGAAAGAGGAAAAUGUAAAGAUGGAAAAUGUAUUCCUUACUGCGAAACACAAGGAUUGCAAAGUUGCAUGUGUGACAUAAUUGAAAAUGCUUGCAAAAGAUGUUGCCGUUCGAAUAUGAACGAAACAUGCUCUCCAAUAGAUGGUGCAGAUAUUUUAGCAGAUGGAUCACCAUGCAUUCAAGGAUUCUGUAAUAAUGGUCAUUGUGAGAAAACUAUUCAAGAUGUGGUAGAAAGAUUCUGGGAUAUUAUCGAAGAUAUCAAUAUCAAUAAAGUGUUAUUAUUUCUUAGAGAUAACAUCAUAGGAACUACAGUUCUAGUUACGGCAUUGCUGUGGAUUCCAGCAGGUUGCAUUAUCAAUUAUGUGGAUAGAAGAAGAAAGAGGGAAAGAAUAGAUAGAUGGAAGUGGCGAACAAGUGACGAAUUCAUUCACCCUGGUGAAGUUAACAGGAUAAUACAUUUGAAGUUAACCAGGAACCAAAACACCUGAAGUCUAUAAAAAUGAAUACUCAGUAGUAUAAGUGCAAUAUAAUUUUAUGAGAAUAACAAUAAAUCUUUUUUUUGUCUUAAA